AAAUCAUGUCCGUUGUAUCAAAGUAACUCAUUUGAUAACAGAGGAACUUGUAAAACAAAUAUGCUCAACGCUCAUUAUGAACUUUGAGGAUCCCAUAACUUGGAAAGUACUAGGACAAGCCAUUUAUACAGCAGUACGUCAUGGAAGUCAUGAACUUAUAGAGGAGUGUAUAAGAAACUACCCGGAGCUGAUUAGGUAUGAGGUGGAAGGAGUUAACUUGUUUAAGGCAGCCAUCAAUCAUCGCCAAGAGAAAGUUUUCAACCUUAUAUAUCAAAUAUCUGCACAUUCGUUGGAUACAAUGGGCAACUUCAAUGGUGAAAAUGCCCUGCAUCUUGCUGCCAAGUUAGCUCCAUAUCAUAGACUCAGGACUGUAACUGGUGUAGCUUUGCAGAUGCAGCGCGAGCUCCUCUGGUUCAAGGAAGUUGAUAAAUUUAUGGAACCUGCACAAAGAGAAUCACUAAACAAUGACAAAAAGACACCAAGAAUGUUAUUCACUGAUGAACACAAGCAGUUGCUUAUGGAAGCACAACUAUGGACGAAGGAUACAUCAUCAUCGUCAACUGUAGUAGCUGCUCUCAUUGUUACAAUUGCAUUUGCUGCCUUGUUCACUGUGCCAGGGGGAAACAAAGAUGGUGAUGGACAACCGAGAUUCAUAAAAGAUUGCAUUUUCCUUCUGUUUGUCCUAUCGGAUGCUAUAGCACUAUUCUCUGCAUCGACCUCUGUGUUAAUGUUCUUAUCUACACUUACUCACUCUUCUCAAGAAGAUUUUCUUUAUGCAUUACCCCUCAGGUUGACGCUUGGGCUUAUAUCACUCUUCAUAUCACUAGCAACAACAAUGAUUGCUUUUAGCGCCACCCUUAUUCUUGUGCUUCAUGAUAAAAUACAGUGGAUUGCUGUUCCGGUUACUUUAGUGGCUAGCAUUCCCAUCAUCUUGUUUCUUUGGCUGCAGUAUCCUUUACUUUUCGAACUGGUUUCUACCACAUUUGGGAAAAGCAUUUUCGGCAAACAAAACAAUCUACUGCUUCAUUAGAACUUUGACUGUUUUUAGAUUGUGUUCCCAUGACUUGAAUGGUAUGAAUUUCAAACUAGUUCUUCUUGGCAUGGAUAUGUAAACUUCUGAAUUUUUAUGUUUGAAUUUGAUUUGGUUCCUCCAUGUUUAAAUUGAAUGACUAUUCCAUGUUCUUUUUGUUUUCCUGGAAGAGGCCUUCAGUUUUGCUUUCAUUGCUUAAAAGCUACUCCCUUUUCUUACUAAUGCUAAAUGUUCAUAUUUUAAUAAAUUUUGUUUAUCUAUCUAGCUAGAUUACACGCUUUGGUAUGAGC